UAAGGCACAUCAGUUCUCUAGCUUGCCGCAAGGUUUCUUUCAUUUUUUGUUUCCUUUGUUCCUUCAUGCACUACAGUAACUUGUAGGACUUGUUACCUUGUAGUUAGUCACUGCGAGUUUACUAGUAUUUUGAUAAUAGUCAUCAUGGCGGACUUUGAGAAGAAAGUGAUCAAGCUCGACGUGCUGGUCCUUGGUGACAUGACUGUUGGAAAAACUGCGCUAAUCAGUCGCUUCAUCUUUGACACAUUCGAGACGAACUACUAUCCAACGUUCGGUAUUGAUUUCCUAACCAAGAUGAUUUACCGACCGGACAAUGUUCUUCGAGUGCAGUUCUGGGACUCAGCCGGUCGAAAGUGUUUUGAUAGCUUGCUUCCCUCGUACAUUCGAGAUAGCCGACUGGUCCUGGUUGCGUACGACGUGUCGCGACGGCCGUCCUAUGAGGUAGCGCUCGACCAUGUCGAGCGAGUCCGGCAGGAGCACGGAGACGAUGUAUUCAUAAUGCUGGUCGGCAACAAAUGCGAUGUGUGCACAGCUGAGCGACAGAUAUCCACAAGUGAAGGCCAGGCCAAGGCCAAGGAGAUCGGUGUCGCCUUUUGCGAAACAAGUGCUCAAAGCGCCAUCGGUGUAAAGGCAGCUUUCAACCAGAUUUUGACCGCUGGAAUGAACUCUCUGACGAAUGAAUCAAUGAAGGAGCAAGAGGAGAAGAAGGCCGCAGAGGAGCAGGAAAAGCAAGACGCGCUGUGUGCCAAUCUAGUUCUUCCCGACAUUCCCAGUGGAGAUGCGUUGGGAAACCAGUAUGGUUGCGGCUGCAGUGUCGUUUGGAACUGCGUCGCGUCGUUCGUCAAGUCGACGGUCUACGGUGCUCAGGUUCAACAACGCAAUGACACGGUCGUACAGGAAGCGUGAGCCGGUCUCUCCUGAGUCCUGUGACUUGUUCAUGCCUGGAGUUUGCAGUGCCGUUUCAACUACCUCUUUGACUUCCUUGGGCCUGGAUGAUGACGGUGACCAUUCUGGGAUUGGCACAGCGAUCCGUUGAUCCGUUGGCUGGCCACUGAAGCGGUUUACUUGACUUUGACGGAAUCAAUGCCUUGAUUCUUGAAUGGCCAUAAAGACUGAAUAGAACAGUCAGUGCGUGACCUGCUAUGACUGGAAGUAGUUUGAGAUGCAAUAACCUAUAUCCCCCACUGAGGACAACACAAAGCCUUCUAUCUAUUUCGUGGAGUAACGUUAUUUUCCUGGACUUCAUCUGGAUGGCAUCACUAAUGUCGCCACAUAUCUAUCUAUCAGUAUUAUUAUCCAGUUACUGUACUCAAUCAGUUUUGGUAUUGGUUGUAAGUGCGUAGGUACAUGACUGUACUACCACUGCUGCUAAAACUAGUGAUUGACUGAGUCAGGACCAGUAGUUGAGCCUGAGGCUGCUUUCCCAUUUUGGUUUGAGUGUUAUUUUAUUUUGAUACUUGUCAGCUUGAGCCCCUAACUUUGAGAAACCACCCCACGCACUUACUUGACUUUGUCUUUGGGCUGCCUUCUGUGCCUCUUUAUGUACUUUAUUCCGCACUUGAGAUCUUAUGUGGUCACACUAUUAUCACCUACUGAGAAUAUCAAGUACUCAGGUUUA